UGUGGCUACAUAGUCGACUUUUUGCUGUUCAAAUACACUAUCCAAUCCAACGCGAUGGCGACGCUCGCUGUUCAGUGUUCACGUGGUGUUGAGCGAGAGAGCUUGUUUGGCCGUGUUUAUUGAUGUUGACGUCUCACAAGGUCGUUUACGGUCCUCGAUUGCGUUUAAUGUCCCGAGCUAGGUGAACAUAAGGCAGCUUCAACGGGUAGCUCGAUCAUGGGAAAGCUAAAUCUCACCAUGCUGCGCUACAUGACGACCGAGGAUUUCAGAGUUCUGACAUCGGUCGAGAUGGGCAUGAAGAACCACGAGCUGGUGCCAGGGCCCCUGGUCGCUUCGAUCGCCAACCUCAAGCAUGGCGGAUGCCACAAGCACCUUCGUGAACUCUGCAAGCAGAAGCUACUCUCGUACGAGCGUGGCAAAAGGUACGACGGCUACCGCCUAACAAACACAGGCUACGACUACCUGGCCCUGAAGACCCUGUGCUCUCAGGGCCUGGUCUACUCCGUCGGUAACCAGAUUGGUGUCGGCAAGGAGUCGGAUGUGUACAUUGCAGCCAAUGAGGAUGGCAGAGAUCUCGUGCUCAAGAUCAGCAGGUUGGGUCGGGUGUCGUUUCGGAAGCUGAAGGAGAAGAGGGACUAUCACAAACACCGGAACAAGGCAUCCUGGCUGUACCUGUCCCGUCUGGCAGCCGUCAAGGAGUUUGCCUUCAUGAAGGCGCUCCACGAGAGGGGAUUCCCGGUUCCAGAGCCGGUGGGCUUCAAUCGUCACUGCAUCCUGAUGGAGCUCGUCGACGGACAUCCACUGUGCCAGGUGCACGAGGUAGAGGACCCCGGGCAACUGUACGACCGGCUGAUGGACCUGAUCGUGCGGCUGGGCAACUGUGGCCUCAUCCACGGGGACUUCAACGAGUUCAACCUCAUGGUGGAUGCCCAGGACUGCCCCACGCUCAUCGACUUCCCCCAGAUGAUGUCCACCUCGCACGCCAACGCCGAAUGGUACUUUGACCGGGACGUCCAGUGCGUCAGGGAGUUCUUCAAGAAGCGGUUUGGCUACGAGAGCGAACUGUUUCCUAAAUUCAGCGACAUUGAGAGAGACGACGUGCUCGACCUCGAGACCGCAGCUACCGGCUUUUCCAAAGAGGUCAAGGAAGAGCUCGAAGAGGCCGUGGAGCAGAUGAAGCGUGCAAACCUGAAGGAAGAGAACCGAGGGGACGACGAAAGCGACGACGACGACCCCGGCGACGCCGCCGAACCGGAUGAAGGUGCCGAACCGGAUGAAGGCAAUGGGUCUCCGCAGGCCGCAAAGUCUUCCGGCUGCAUCAUGGAGCGGUUCCUCGCGGACGGGCAGCGUGGGCCUCCCGAACCCGUGCCUCUCCUCUUCGACGACCGAUCCAGGGAGACCGAUGACAAAGGAGGCCGACCGGAAGAUCCGAGAAGGGACGCGGGGACCCCAGGUUCCGAUGUCGGAGCGUGUGCGGAUCGUGCCAAGGACGUCGAAGCCGCGCUCGGCAACGAGCAGUCCGACGCUGCAGAUGCGGCGGGAGAGGGGCAAGACACGGUCCCCAAGCUGGUGGCGGUUUCGGACUCUCCCGACGACGUAGGAAGUGUGAGGACGUUCAGCGUGACCAGCUGUAGCACCAUAGCGCCGGAGGAGAUCAAGGCACGCGUGCGCAGGCAGCUGAACCACAAGGAGCGCUCCAGGGGCAAGAAGCUGGUGGUCAAGGGGGAGGCAAGUGCCGUCACCAGGCAGAGGAGGGAGAACAGGGACGUCAUGAAGCAGGACCUCCACUUCUGGGGCUGAGGCUGGCACCGCGACCCUCUGCGCAUCUUCGUGCGCCGCAGAGGCCCCGGCUGCGUCGCAUCCCCACGUGCGAGAUCAAGGGAUUGAGUUGUUCAGGCGCGGGUCUCUUUAUAAAUUUGUUUGCUGGUUUGA